AUGGUGAAUACCAGAAGCAGGAAUGAUGGUACCGGACCGGGUGUUACUAACCCGAAUAACAAUGUGAAUGAGGGUCCUACUCCAGCUGAGUUGGUUGAUUUGCUACGUUCUGUUAAUAAUGAGUUGACCCGAACCAGACAAGAGUUGCAAGAAGUGAGGGCUGAAAGGGAUCUUUUGUUGAAUCAGCCUGAAAGAUCGGUAGAGAGUUACCCUCGCCGAAACCGUCAGUAUGAAGAGCCAUCUCCUACUCGUAGGAGUACAGGUAUUACUCCUUCGGUUCAUUCUAUUCGCCGAAGGGACGACAGGGUUCAUAAUGAUGGGGAUGAUAUGGAUGGUGGUGGAGUUCACAAGAGACAUCAUGAUGGCGGUGAGAGACGUGGGGAAUACAAAUUUAAGACUUUUAAGGAUUGUGGGCCUGCUAUGUUCACUGGUCGUACUGGUCCUAUUGCUAGUAUGAGGUGGAUUCGGCAGAUUGAGAUGACAUUCGAGGCAAGUAAUUGCCCCGAGAAUAAAAAGGUGGUAUUUGCUGCAAAGAUUCUUAAUAAAGAUGCACUUGAUUGGUGGGAUACUCAUAUUCAGCCACAAGGUUCCCGUUAUAUUGCUAGCUUGACUUGGGAAUCAUUUGUUGAGUUGUUCAAGAAAGAUUUAUGUACUGAGUGGGAGCUGCAAGCUUUGGAGUCUAAGUUUCUUGGUUUGAAAAAGGGAGAAAAGUCCAUUACUGAGUAUUCUAGGGAUUUCACAAAGAAGCUUCGUUUUUGUAAACACUUGUGUCCUAAUGAUUCUUCACAGGUGAACAGAUAUGAUACAGGUCUUCCUGCUGAUUACCGUCCUAUGAUAAGGAUGCAACCGACUCUCCGAAAGGCGGUUGACUUGGUAAAAUCUAUUGAGCAUGAUAUGAAGUAUAAAGAGAGGAAAGACACUUCUUCUGGGUUUAAGAAGAAAUUUGAUGGUGCAUCUAGAUCAGGGUCUUCAAAGAAGCGUAAGGGUGGGUCUUCAAGGGAGAAUGAUACUAAGCAGGCAGGUAAUUGGUGUGCUUGUUGUAGGUCCAAGCAUAGUGGACCAUGUUCUAUCAGCACCUUGAGUUGUAGUAAGUGUACAGAUAUGGGGCAUCUUGCUAAGGAUUGCACAGCCGAGCCCCGUUGUCAUAUUUGUAAGCAGACAGGGCAUCAGAGGUCAGAUUGUCCGUUUUUGAAGACUGCAGAUAAGAAGAAUGAGCGACCGAAGACUACAACUCGUGCCUUCAACAUGACUGCUGAACUUGCUCGAGCCGAUGAUGAGGUAGUUAGUGGUACCUUUAUUAUUAAUUCUUCUCUUGCUAAUGUGUUAUUUGAUUCCGGUGCAAAUAGAUCUUUUGUGUCUACUUUAUUCGCUCCUAAGCUUGGUGUAGUAACUCGCCCGUUAGAUAACCCGAUUGAGGUAGAGAUAAUUGACGGUCGUACUUCUAUGGUUCGUGAUGGGUUCUUUGAUUGUUCUAUAGAGAUAGAGGGUUGUUCUUUUUCUAUUGACUUCUUGCCUACUACUGUUGCUGGCUUUGAUAUUGUUGUGGGUAUGGAUUGA